UGAUUUUUGGAGUGCAAGUAAAUAUAAAAAAUAAAACAAACCCAUACUCCAUUUCAACUUUUUCACCAAACCCAAUCUCAUCCGGGUCGGGUCGGAUACCAUUUUUUAUUUCCAUUCCAUAGCACACCCAAGAUACCAAAAAUAUUCUCACUAUCCUCUUCUCUUUCUCAAUCUGUCUCAAUCUCUGAAUCUCUCCCUCAGCUCAAUAUGCAGCGGCAGUCACUGGGCUCGCCGUCGUCGAAGCUCGCGAAGGACGAGAAACCUUCCUUCGAAGCCCAGAAACAGUUUCCCUCUCAAUCGUCGUCACUAUCGUCCAUUGAUUCUCAGUACGAAGAUCGAGACGACGAUGAGCCGGCGAAGAAGAGGAAGGCGACGGCGGCGAUUAGGGCUGCCAGCGUUGAUAAUCCCCAAAGCUACAUUCAUCUGAUCCCGAUGCUGACGCUCGUUUGCUUUCUCAUCCUCUACCUAGCAUCUCACGAUCCCUCUCAAAAUGAAUUGCAACUAAUAAAGGAGAUAAAUAAAGGCGAAAUAAUGGCGAUACGGAGGUUAAAGAACUUGGAGACGACGGAGCUUGGCAUGGCCGAGCAGCGGCUGCUCCACCGCAAAAUUGCUCAUUUUUAG